UGCCGCCCGUGUGUGUGCCUCCGCCUCCGCCUCCGCCUCGCACGCCCCUCCGGGCCGGCCUCACCUCUAUAAAACAUACACGCCGGGGUCGCCGGCCACACCACAGCGACACCCACCACCACCACCACCAGCAGCUACCGACGACGACCGAGCACAGCCAGGCAGCGCAGGCGCAGGCGCAGCGCAGCUCGUCGGAUUCAAUUCGUUCUUGAGCCAAGUUGCAAACCGCGGCCGUUGCCCACGAGCGCCGGCCGCACCGGAGAAGCUACCUAAGGAGAAGCAAUGGAGGUCGCCGCAGCAUCAGCAGCAGCGAGCUUCGGCUUGAAGGCCGCCGACGACGUGGACAACCUCAGGGCCACGGAGCUCAGGCUCGGCCUGCCAGGCACGGAGGAGGAGCCCCAGCAGGUCCACAAGGCGACGGCGGCGGCGGCGGCGGUGGAGCUGCCGCUGCUGCCGGCCGCGACGACGCCGCCGGCGCCGUCUACGCCUAGGGGCAAGAAGCGCGACGUCGUCGGAAGCGGGAACGAGGACGCGCCCAAGAAGCGCGACGGCAACGCCGACGCCGCGCCGCCCGCCGCCAAGGCUCAGGUGGUGGGAUGGCCGCCGGUGAGGUCGUACAGGAAGAGCUGCUUCCAGCAGCAGCAGCAGCAGGCGGCGGCCAAGAGCAAGCCCGCGCCAGCGGCGCCGGCGGAGGAGGCCCCGGCGACCGGGCUGUUCGUGAAGGUGAGCAUGGACGGCGCCCCCUACCUCAGGAAGGUGGACCUCAAGAUGUACAAGGGCUACCGCGAGCUCCGGGAGGCGCUGGAGGCCAUGUUCCUCUGCUUCUCCGGGUCCGGCGGAUCCGCCGACGCGCCCGCCGUCAACCCCUCCGACUUCGCCGUCACCUACGAGGACAAGGACGGCGACCUCAUGCUCGUCGGCGACGUGCCCUUCGACAUGUUCAUCAGCACCUGCAAGAGGCUGAGGAUCAUGAAGGGAUCUGAAGCCAGAGGACUCGGAUCAGUCAAGAACAACUGAGGAUUGUCGCAGAUCGAGAUGCACGGCUUGUGCAUUCGUGAGCAGAUUCUUUUGUUCUUUUGGGGUUUCUUGUGUUGUCCAAAGCGUGUUUGUCUGCCAACAAUGGAGCAGCAAACCAAAAGCAUGGAGAACGACUGACGAGAAGAUGAAGCUGCUUGGGUUGAAGGAGAGACAGAGCUUUGUGCAUCCAAGUGCAUGCGUGGAAGAAUGAUGUGUGGUCACUUUGUUUGUUUUGUUUUUUCUUUUGUGGUACUACUUGUAGGUGUUAUUAGCAACACAAAAAGGAGUGGAGAGUCGAGUUGAAUCUCCAUGUGUGUUUGUACAAAGCCAAAGAUCACUCUUCUUUCUUGUCUUACUUAAGUUAUAUCUACCCAUCAAUCAAUCAGUACUUGAUUGCUUCUGUAAGUGCAAGUGCUGCAAGCUAAGGGGGGAAAUUGGGCCUUUAAUUCCCCCCCUUGUGAGUUCAGCUAUCUAUCUAUCCAUGUAUUUCUAUUUCCUUC